AUGGCGGACUACGGCAGUCACCAGGGCAGGGAUUAUGGUCGCCCUUACGGCCAUGCCAGCGACCAGCAGCGGGACACGGCCUUCUCCAGUAUCUUUGGAGCCGCGCCCCCGCCGGGGCGCUCUCAAACUAUGACUACCCAGACAUUCCAGCGCAUGCCCGACCGCGCUGCAACCAUGUCGGGUCAGGUUUCUGACAUGAUGCAACGGGCACCCCCGAUGCGGCCGGGCAUGAAUGGUUACGGUUCCGCCCCAAAUGGAUAUUACCCUCCCCCAAGGCCAGGCGACCCUUCGCCGCCCCCCGGACAGCGCCAGCCGCCGGCCCAGUAUCUGCCUCAGCCCCUCCGUCCUGAUCGCCGGCCCUACAACAUGCCGCAACGCAUGGAUCCCAGAGGGAUGCCGCCAGGCCCCAUGUACGGCAACAAGCCGAUUCCCAACAGGUUUCCUGGUGGCGCCCCGGGUCCGGCUUUGGCAUCGGACCCAUACCGUUCUCAGUCCCUCGCCGCUGCUCCCCGCCCUCAGAUGUACCCCACUCCCCCUGGGUCGCACCACGUGAAUCCGGCACACGCCUUCCGGCAACAACCAUACACGAACCACAUGGCGAGGACAACCGCACAAGGAAGGGUGGUCCCGGAGAGACCGGAUGAGCGGACCAUGUCUUUGACAUCUUUUGCCCGAGACAACGAAUAUGCUCAGACUAUGAGCGGGCGCGUCAUACCGAACCGUAGGCGUGAAUCAGGUGACACGAAUGGAGGACCGAUGCCAAUGGCGCCCCACGACCAAGCGUCGCCCGGUCACGGAGCCCCUCAUAUCACGCCGAGCCCUGGCGUAAAGACGAGGACCACCAGCCAAGGCAGCUUCAGCACGCAGAGAACCAUGUCCAUGGCUUCAACGAUUGCGCCGUCUGACCUGACCGAGACAACUUUGCGGCCCUCGAAAUCGAGCUCCUCGCAGCAUCCGCAGAUGGUUGCUCAAGAAAAGCGUCCUAUGGUCUACCCGGCGCUGCUGUCCCGGGUUUCGGAGGCCUUCAGGGCGCGGAUUAUUUUGGGCGAAAAGGAAAAGGACGGGCUGGUAUACAACAGUGCUUUCACGGGUGCGGAAGCUGUGGAGCUCAUCGCCUACAUCAUCAGGACCUCGGACCGAAACCUUGCGCUUCUUCUGGGCCGGUCUCUUGAUGCGCAAAAGUUCUUCCAUGAAGUUACUUACGCUCACAGAUUACGAGAUUCGCCAGCCGAGGUGUAUCAGUUCCGGGAGACCAUGCUGGAGGAUUCCACCGAGGUGAACGGUGUCUUCACGCUUUUGACAGAAUGCUAUUCCCCAACGUGCACGAGAGACAAACUCUGUUACUCGAUUGCUUGCCCGCGCCGGUUGGAACAGCAGGCUCGGCUGAACAUGAAGCCCCAGCCCGGGUUGAAGAGGGAGGAGUCCAAGUCUAGUCUUCACGAUGACGAUGACAAUGAUGAGAAGAAGCUCUGGAUCAUGACUGUCUCCAAGGAGGUGGCUGACAGCAUCUCUGACAAGGAGAAGAAGCGCCAGGAAGUCCUUUCCGAACUGAUGUACACGGAGCGCGACUUCGUCAAGGACCUUGAGUAUCUCCGGGACUUCUGGAUGAAGCCGUUGCGCAACCCCCAGACGUCGCCCAUCCCCGAGCAUCGCCGCGAAAAAUUCAUUCGCACCGUCUUCUCAAACUGCCAAGAAGUCUACAAGGUCAACGCCAAAAUGGCAGAGUCACUGACCCGAAGACAGCAAGUGGAGCCAGUGGUCAAAAACGUCGGCGAUAUCUUCCUGGAAUACGUGCCUCACUUUGGUCCUUUCAUCAAGUAUGGUGCCAACCAGCUCUUUGGCAAGUACGAGUUCGAACAUGAGAAGAAGACAAACCCUGCAUUCGCGAAAUUCGUGGACGAAGUGGAACGAAUGAAAGAAUCGAGGAAGCUGGAACUCAACGGUUACCUUACGAAGCCGACGACGAGAUUGGCCAGAUACCCGCUGCUUUUGGAGAACGUGCUCAAGUACACCGCCGAUGAAAACCCGGAUCGCAAGGAUAUACCGAAGGCGGUGGAACUGAUCCGCGAAUUCCUUUCGAAGGUCAACGUUGAAUCCGGAAAGGCAGAGAACCAUUUCAACUUGGUGCAGCUAAACAGGGAUCUCAAGUUCCGACCUGGCGAAUACGUCGACCUGAAGCUUACUGAAGAGAACCGCCAGCUCGUCUUCAAGGGAGCUCUGAAGAAGACUCCGACUGACAGCAACACGGAUAUUCAAGCCUACCUGUUCGAUCACGCCGUCCUGCUCGUCCGCGUCAAAACCGUGAACAAGAAAGAGGAGAUGAAGGUUUACAGGAAACCUAUCCCUCUGGAAUUGCUGGUCAUCACGCAAAUGGACGAGCUGUUCCCUACCAAUAAUAAGCAGGCACCCAAAUCCGACAACUCCAAGACGCAAGGCUACCCGAUCACUUUCAAGCACCUUGGUAAAGGAGGUUACGAAUUGACGCUGUACGCCACGACGCAAAUCUCGCAGGAGAAAUGGAUGAAACACAUUCAAGAGCAGCAAAAGAACCUGAGAGACCGGAGUAACAUCUUCACCAAGGAGAUUGUUUGCGAAGGAUUCUUCAACCAGUCCAUCAGGGUCAAUUGCUGUGUGCCGCUUGAUGGUGGCCGCAAAUUGGCUUACGGCACUGACUUUGGUGUAUACGUUGCUGACCGUAGGCCGAAGGAUGCUUCUAUGAAGCCCAAGCGUGUGCUUGACUGCAAGGCGGUCACACAAAUUGACGUGCUGGAGCAGCACCAGAUUCUCUUGGUCCUGUCCGACAAGACCAUGUACUCGUACCCGCUCGACGCAUUGGACACCGACGAAACCCAGGGCGCAGUGUCGAAGAGGGGAAGGAAGAUUUGCCACGCCAAUUUCUUCAAGGCUGGUGUAUGCGUCGGCCAGCAUCUUGUAUGCUGUGUCAAGACCUCGGCGCUCUCUACUACGAUCAAGGUCUACGAGCCAAUGGAAAACAUGGGCAGGAAGUCGAAGAAGUCUGGAUUCUCGAGGAUGCUUGCUGGUGGGCAGGAUGUGCUCAAGCCUUACAAGGAAUUCUACAUCCCCACGGAAUCAACCUCGAUCCACUUCCUCAGGUCGAAGCUCUGCGUUGGUUGCGCCAAGGGUUUCGAAGUCGUUUCGCUCGAGACGCUCGAGACGCAAUCUCUGCUCGACCAGGCCGACACUUCUCUCGACUUCGUUGCGCGUCGCGAAAACAUCAAGCCGAUCCACAUCGAGCGUCUAUCAUCCGAGUUCUUGCUGUGUUACACCGACUUUUCCUUCUUCGUCAACCGGAAUGGCUGGCGCGCUCGUCCGGAUUGGAAGAUUACAUGGGAAGGCACUCCACAAGCCUUUGCCAUCUUCAAUCCUUACAUCCUCGCCUUCGAGCCCAGUUUCAUCGAAAUCAGGCACAUGGAGACGGGAAUGCUGGUGCACAUUCUCACUGCAAAGAACAUCAGGAUGCUGCAUUCUUCCACGAGAGAGAUUCUGUACGCGUACGAAGACGAAAUGGGCGAAGACACGAUUGCAUCGCUCGACUUCUGGAGCCGACCUCAGAGUCCGCCCCUUUCGAAGCAAACCCCGACAGCGCCACCGCAAAUCUCGCCACAGCACUUUGGUUGA